AUGGAAAAUAUACCCAAAGAAGAUAAAGAUUUUACUACAAAAAAUGCUUUUAAAGUUAUUAGUGAAACAUACGCAUACAUCUUAUAUAGUAGUGACUGUCCAUUUACAACUCAUAAUAUCACUUUAUGUUUUAUAUUUAAAAACAAGAUGGAUGUUUGCUUGUUAAACAGAAAUGUUGAAGGUGAACAUAAUUUUUUCAAUAUUGGAAAAUUUGUAUUAAUUAUCACAGCAAGUUACACUGAUUGGGCAAUAAAUUUAAAACAUCCUGAUGAUGCAAAUUAUUUUAAUUUUGGUCAAAGAAGAGACUUGUUAAAUGGAAAUGUUGAAUAUUCAGUAAUGGUUUAA